AUGGCAACAGAAUUACAAACGAUUAUAGAUGGUUUAAAUGAUGAACCGUUUAAAAUGAAUUUAAAUUUGAUCAGUUUCAAUACGAUAUCCAAUGAACAAUUAUUACAAAUUCUAAGUGACGUGCUAUUAUGGAUCGAAGGAUUAGAUACAAUUGAUAUUCGUGAAGAAGGCGUUGAUGUCACGGCAAUUCGUAUAUUCAAUUCACUUUGUGUUCUCAAAUAUCGUCCACCAAAUGAUAUCGAAAAAUU